AUGGAACAAGUCAUAUUCGGAUGGAUUUCUUUAUGCAUAAUCUGCUCGACAAUUAGCUAUUAUUUUGGUAAAUAUAUAGAGUCCAAAAAACUCUUUACCCAGAAAAAUGUAACAAUAAAAUAGCCUUAUAGUGAAUUAGAUACAGAAGAUGACGAUCCAAUAACUAAAAAAGAACCUAAAUCUGCUGAUUUUUAUAAAAGAGAAUUAGAAAAAGAAAAAGAAACCAAAAAAAAGCUAAUUGAGGAAUAUGAGCACGAGCUAAAUUAUUUAAAAUUUACCUUCUCCCUCCUUUUAACUGGAGCAAAUAAUCUAUGCUCCAUAUUAAAAGCAUUUCUACUUCCCUUAAAAAAUUAAUUAUAAAUUUUAUGGAUUUACAAUAUUAACCCCUUUUAAAUAAUUUCUAUUAGCAUUAGCCUUUUCAAAAUAGAAUAAAAUAGAUAAACUUGGAGAUAAAAAUUAACGCAAUUAAAUUGUUUAUCAUGUCUAUUUAUAUAUAAAUUAUUAUUUUGAUUUAUUUAAAGGAUAUUCAAAAAUAUACCAAUUUCUGUUCCAAUUUAAAUGAAGGAAGAAUUAGAAGAAACUAAAACAAAUUACGCACAAAGAAUUGUAAAUCCUACAACAGAAAUUGCAUGAGGAAUCCAAAAACUUAUUCGAAGAAAUUAAUAAUGAAAUAGGCCCAGUCGUCAAAAUUGUUGAUAAUAGAGAAAAUAAUUUCACAAAUCUAGAUGAAGAAAUCGAAAGAGAAAUUAAUUUAGUGGUUUAA